AUGGGGCGAUACUCCGGGAGGAGCUUCCGUCUGGUCUUCAUGUGCGUGGUGAGCAUCCUCCUGUUCGUGAUGGAGCUGGCGAUCGCCCACAUCGGUAACUCCCUGUCCUUGGCCUCGGACGCCUUCGCCGUCCUCUCCCACAUCCUGUCCAUGGUCAUAGGCCUGUUCAGCCUGCGGGCCAGCGGCAUCGCUCGGCACAGGAAGAGCACGUUCGGCUUCCUGCGGGCCGACGUGGUGGGAGCCUUUGGCAACUCCAUUUUCGCCGUGGCGCUGAUGUUUAGCAUCCUGGUGGAGGCCAUCAAGAGGUACAUCAACCCCCAGAAGACGGAGGAGCCGCUGCUGGUUCUCAGUGCUGGGAUCAUCGGGCUGUUCUUCAACGUGCUCAACUAUGUCAUCCUGGACUGCUGCUACUGCUCGGCGCACCGGCCCCAGGGGGAUGCGGGCACAGAAACCUUGUUUUUGAGACCACUGGUUCUUUUCGUUUGUAGAACUUAUGCACAACACAGGGUUUCUUCUUUGAAUGCAGGUGAUACCCUGAACGCCCAGCACGAGCCCGAAGAGGCCAUGAGAAAGGAGAAAAAGUCAGAAGCCCUGAAUAUCAGAGGUGUGCUUUUGCACGUGAUGGGCGACGCCUUGGGGUCGGUGGUGGUGGUGAUCACGGCCACCGUAUUCUACAUGCUGCCCCUGGACGACCAGGUCCCGUGCAACUGGGAGUGCUACAUCGACCCCAGCCUGACGGUCGUCAUGGUCGUCAUAAUUCUGUCCUCCGCCUUCCCGCUCAUCAAGGAGACCGCCGUCAUUCUGUUGCAGAUGGUCCCCAGAGGGGUCAACAUGGAAGAGCUGAUGAGUGAGCUGUGCGCCGUGCCCGACGUCAGCAGCGUUCACGACGUGCACGUCUGGGAGCUCAUCGGCGGGAAGAUCAUCGCCACCCUGCACGUCAAGUACCAGAAGGACCGGGGCUGUCAGGACGCCGGGCUGAAGAUCCGGGAAAUCUUCCACAGAGCGGGCAUCCACAGCGUGACCAUCCAGUUCGAGAGCGAGGACCCGCCGGAGCCCCUGGAGCAGAAGGACACGCUGUCGCUGUGCAGCUCACCUUGCAUCUCCCAGGCCUGUGCCAAGCACCUGUGCUGUCCCCCCCGGGCCCUGCUGCUGGCCCACGUCAACGGCUAUGCUGAGCACAACGGCUGUCCCCCUCUGGACAUAUACCAGAGCCAGGGCCCUGGGAGACCAGAAGUCUCAGAAGUGACCGUUGAGGUGUCCCUGGAUGGCCGUGUGAGUGACCGUGGACGGGCUUUUACCAAAACUCAGGAGAACCAAUGUUAUGUCAACAGCACACAUUUUUAACCCGGUACCUGCACAUGCAGACUGUAUAGACGAGGCACUUUGGACCCACCAGCGCGGCUGCUGGGGAGUUGUGUGGGUUGGAGGCACUGGCCAGCCCCCCCAUGUACCCCCUCGGUGGGCAGGGAGGGGUUGGCCGUCUGGGAUGUCAGUCGACCGUGUCUCUUAGUUUCCAUGGGACUGAUGAGAUUCCCCGUUAGGAUCCGGGAUGGCUCACGCUGCUCUUCCAGUUCUGGUUUGCUCAUUUAUUUUCUGCAGCAAACUGUGCUGGUGUAUAUAUACCAGGGACAUGGAAGCCUGGAACUCGGUGACUGUGGACACGGGGCUCAAAGUAGGUUUUUUUUUACACCGAUUAGAGCGUCUGGCUGACUCUCAGGUGAGCUCAGUGCCAAGGACAUCGAAGAGACUUAAGAACCAUAAUAGCUAUUCCCCGCCCCCCCCAUUCCAGUGGAAGAUUAUAAGAGAGGGAAAAUAGCAAUUUUUUUCUUUGACUUAUUUUAGGAUAACUGUAAGAGGGAUACCUAUUAGGGUAGAAAAACUCUCAGAACAUUAGAGAAAGCACAGUUUAUUGGGGGUAGGGGGUGGGAGGAAGCAGGAGAAGAACGCUAUUGGACCAUUUCUUUUUGUGAAAUGGAAAGAAAAUGAAUGUUUAUUUUCUGCUGUGAACUGGGGUGUUUCAAAUGUCUAAAUAUAUAACGUGUU